CGAUGAGCGUCGCCACCGACGUCGUCCCGUAAAAAUCAAUUUGGACUUUGGCUAGGUAGGUAGGUACGUUUGCGUGGCGUUGCUUGCGUCGCCUCGUAGCGAGCGAGCGAGCACGCUUUUCUGGAGCCGGGCUCUCCUAAAAGCCUCGCAAGCUCUGGCAGUUGUGAGUGACCAACUCAUCGAGCAGGGUGACUCGCGCUUUUAUUUCAAAAAUACACACACACACUUUGCACUCGAGAGCGGCUCCUCAUGAAAAUCGCGUUUAAAAAAAAAGGAACCAAUUUUUGUUACUUCUCCCUUUUUAUCAAAAGUCUUCGAUAAUUUAUUUACCAUCUGUUCAAAUUUGAAGGAAAAGGAAUUUUGAAUUUAAAGGUGUUUCAGGAAUUUAGACAAGCCGGUAUUCCACAUGUUGGAGAGGAAGUGUAGAACUGAGAGGAAAAUAAUGCCGAAUUGGAACUGUUAUUGAGAAUUUGGAGAACGUUGAGAAUUCAAGAACGUUUGGGAAUUCAAGAAAUGAAGGCCAAUAGAGUUUUGCAAGGUUUUGGAUGUUAUGGAGUUGGUUGGAAUUUGAGGUGUGAAUUCUCGGCACUGUGACUGAUGGUAAUAAUUAUUGGAGGAGUGAAUUUUGAAAUAGAAGGGCGAAUGUUAUAGAAUAUAUAGAGAAAAAAAAGUGUGUAUUAUCGAUAAUGGUGAAAGGCAAGGUGCCAAGACGUUGUUGGCUAGUGCUGCUGCCGCGUGUGCGGUCGUUUCGACUGCGAAGUAUCAAUGUUGUAGGGUCAGGAUUAUUGUGAACAAACUACUCCUCCUCUUUCCUCCUGUUGAGAAUUAGAGGGAUGCCGAACUAUGAUCUUGGGGGCAUCGACACGAGACCUCUCUAGAGCAGGGGGUCAUAGAUCAACGUUGUCGGCGUGGUCGUCGUCGUCAUCGUCGUCGACGUCGUCGCCGCCGGCGUCGUUGACAACUCUUGUACACGCCACUGGAAGUUAUAGUUAAUAUUAACUCGUUUUAAUUAGUCUAAAUAAUUAUUUAUUUUCGGAAAUAAAAAAAAAAGAAAAGUGCGUGUGUCGUCUUCCGAAAUAGAACAUUUAUUCUUGAAUAAUGCCGAAUUUUAUGAUCUGUUUUGAUCUCAAAUUGAAUUGAAUUUGAAAAGAGUGAUUUAGAAGAAGAGGAGAAGGAAAGAUGGCCUCGGUUGCGGCAUGGUUACCAUUUGCUAGAGCGGCUGCCAUUGGAUGGGUGCCGAUUGCCACUCAUCCCCUACCACCGCCGCCGAUAUCAAAAGAUCGUCGCAAGGCCGACGAUGAAAAAUUACUUAUCAACGUGAGUGGUCGUCGAUUUGAAACAUGGCGUAAUACAUUGGAAAAAUAUCCCGACACAUUACUUGGAUCGAAUGAAAGAGAAUUUUUCUAUGAUGAGGAGAGUAAGGAGUAUUUCUUUGAUCGUGAUCCAGAUAUAUUUCGACAUAUAUUGAAUUAUUAUCGAACUGGUAAAUUACAUUAUCCAAAGCACGAGUGCCUGACAAGUUAUGAUGAGGAGCUUGCAUUCUUUGGUAUUUUACCGGAUGUUAUUGGCGAUUGUUGCUAUGAGGAUUAUAGAGAUCGUAAACGUGAGAAUGCCGAACGUCUUAUGGAUGAUAAACUUAGCGAGAAUGGCGAUCAAACUUUACAACAACUCACGGAUAAUCGGGAAAAAAUGUGGAGAGCAUUUCAAAAUCCGCAUAUAUCAACGGCGGCAUUGGUAUUUUAUUACGUGACGGGAUUUUUCAUUGCUGUCAGUGUAUUGGCGAAUGUUGUUGAAACAGUGCCCUGUGGUAAUCGACCUGGUCGUGCUGGUACCCUGUCAUGUGGGGAGAGAUAUAAGAUUGUAUUUUUCUGCUUGGACACUGCCUGUGUUAUGAUAUUUACGGCUGAAUAUUUAUUGAGGUUGUUUGCGGCACCUAGUAGAUGUAAAUUUGCAAGAUCGGUGAUGUCGAUUAUUGAUGUUGUUGCGAUAUUACCGUAUUACAUUGGAUUGGGUAUUACGGACAAUGAUGAUGUUUCGGGGGCAUUUGUCACAUUGAGAGUAUUUCGUGUGUUUCGAAUUUUCAAGUUCUCGCGACAUUCGCAGGGUCUUAGGAUUCUGGGUUAUACGUUAAAAUCGUGCGCCUCUGAACUUGGAUUUCUCGUUUUUUCUCUUGCAAUGGCUAUUAUUAUAUUUGCCACCGUCAUGUUCUAUGCGGAAAAGAACGUUGAAGGGACAAAUUUCACAUCUAUACCGGCUGCGUUUUGGUACACGAUUGUCACAAUGACCACGUUGGGAUACGGUGACAUGGUGCCAGAAACUAUUGCCGGAAAAGUCGUUGGAGGUGUUUGCUCGCUCAGCGGAGUGCUUGUGAUCGCAUUACCCGUACCUGUUAUCGUCAGUAAUUUCAGUCGAAUUUAUCAUCAAAAUCAACGAGCCGAUAAGAGAAAAGCUCAAAGGAAAGCCAGACUUGCGAGAAUUAGGAUUGCAAAGGCGUCGAGUGGUGCGGCAUUCGUCAGUAAAAAGAAGGCAGCCGAGGCACGAUUGGCUGCACAGGAAAGCGGCUUGUCUCUCGACGAUCAUUACAAGGAGGAGGAUAUUUUCGAAUUACAGCAUCAUCACCUUCUUCGUUGUUUAGAAAAGACGACGGAUCGAGAAUUCGUUGAGAUGGACGUGCCAUUUAAUGGAGCCCCGAAGAGGCCCGGUUCCCCAUCGCCAUUGACGUCACCAGCGCACAGCACUGCAUCCCGAAGCAGAUUGUUGCUUUCAUGUUGCCGUCGUUGUUAUCCACAGAGAUAUCAGCAGGCGUACUCACAGUACAUCCCGGCAACAAGGGCCCAAGUCACUGAGGGUCAGGGGGGUCAGACAGGGGUGGACGGCACCUAUCUCGUCGAGGCCUCAUUUUGAAAAAAAAAAUAACAAAAUAAAUUGUGCAAUCGAAUAAUAACUGAGUCAGAAAAAUAAAACAAAACUAAAAAAAAAAAUCUAGAGAGAAUCUGUGUUUAAAAAAAAAACUAAAUAAAAAAACUAAAACUCUUAGAAAAAUAAUAAUAAACAGAAUACAGAGAGAGCCUCGUAGAAACGGAUUAAGAAAUUAAAAAAAAAACCCGAUGCGAGGCAAAGAGAAAAAAAAGUCGUAAAAAAAAAUAUUUACACACACGUCUCGAAAUGCACUAUAUAGCUUCUAAGAGAAUAAAAAAAUAAAAAUAAAAAUACUACCUGAAGUCACACACAAUCAAUGAAAUUCUUCUAUUUGCCUAUUUCCGUGCCCAUCGCUGAUGAUGAUGAUGAUGAUGUUCCACCAAUGGGAUAUGUGACAUCUGUGACCAUCGUUCCGUCAACAAUGUCAACAACUGCCCGUCGUCUUCAUUUUAAUGGCCCCGUUUGGACUAUGGAUUCGUGUUCAAAUUCAUUGACCCACAUCUUAAAAUACCAAAAAUAAACAAACUCGACAAAUUUUGGUUCUAUUUUUCCAAAAAACAAAAAAAAAAUAAUAAUAAUGGAACCUUGUAUUAAAAAAACAACACUAAAUGUUGGCGAAAUUUUUUUCCCUGGAAAUCUGUAAAUGAAAAUGGAAAAAUAAAAAAAUACAAAUUUUUCUUCGAUGAUCUACAUUGCAGAGCUUAUCGUAUCAGCUCACAUCGAAUGAGAACAAGGAUAGGGUGGUGCUCGUAUACGGCGAUCGUAUACAAGUCAGGACAAAGGAUCUAAAGAAGCGCGCUUCCCACACCUGCGAUAUGCAGGUCCUACAGCCACUUCCGGUUCCCA